UGGCGGGCCUGCAACGGGCUCAUGGCCGCCUUCUUCGCGCUGGCGGCCUUCGUGCAGGUAAAUGAUCCAGAUGCAGAAUUGUGGGUGAUGGUGUAUACUAUACCUGCAGUACUGACCCUGCUUGUUGGAUUUAACCCUCUUGUCACAGGUAACAUUAUUUGGAAGAGUGUCUCUGCAAUACACAUAUUCUUCUGUGCAUUGUGGGCUGUUGGCUUGGCAUACUACUUCCUGCUUCAUACACAACAGAACAUCUUACACGAGGAAGAAGGCAGGGAGCUCUCUGGUCUGGUGAUUAUCACAGCAUGGAUGAGCCUAUGUCGCAGUUCAUCCAAGAAUCCGGUUGGUGGAAGAAUUCAAUUGGCCACUGCCAUUGUAAUAGCUCUUUUCCCGUUUAUCUUAUGGGUCUAUGUAUACAUUAACAAGGAAAUGCGGUCCUCCUGGCCAACUCACUGCAAGACAGUAAUUUGAAGAAAUUCAAGAAUCUUGUUUUUAAAAUAAAUAAUUUUUUAUAAACAUUAUGGUAAUAAGCCAGCUUCUCAGGAGUUUAUUUCAGGUAAUUUGAGCUAAUAGAGAUAAUUUUUUUGUUUUUAAUCCUAACAACUUUUUAAGACUGUCUACAAUUAAAUGUAAGAUUGAAUGGGA